GAGGAGGAGGAGGAGGAGAGAGAGAGAGAGAGAGAGGGCUGCUAUUACCAGUGACAGAAAGCGGCAGCGAGCACAUCCAGUCUGGAGAGCAGCGGAUGCGACAAGAUGCUGAGCGUCGCCUUGCUGUGUGCGUGCGCCGUCGCCCUCGGACGCGUCUCCGCUCGCUCCGAAACCAGCAAUUUUUUGGAUGAUAAAUGGCUCACCGGGAGAUGGGAUAAAUUCAGAGAUGAGCCUGGAACAUGGACUCCAGCCAAGCCCUUCGAUCAAGGCCUUGAUCCAGCCAAAGACCCCUGUCUGAAGUUCAAAUGUGGUCGCCACAAGGUUUGUGUGGCCGAGGAUUUCAAGACUCCCACUUGUGUCAGCCAGAGGAGAGUUAGUCUAGGCGCAAAGUGCACCCCAUGUCCGGUGGUCCAUCCCUCGCCGGUUUGUGGAAGUGAUGGCCACACCUACUCCACCAAGUGUAAACUUGACUACCAGGCGUGCAUCACAGGAAAGAAGAUCAACGUGAAGUGUCCCGGCAUGUGUCCCUGCCCCCCUCAUUCUGAGCAGAGUUCUGCGGAGAAGAAAGUGUGCAGUGAGUCGGAUCUGAAAGAGGCGGUGAGCCGCCUGAGAGACUGGUUUAGAGUGCUGCACGAGAAUGGGAAACAUAAGAGCGUCAAGAUCCAGAAGCCAGAGAAGAACAAGUUUGAAGUCGGGGCAUCACCUCUCUGUAAGGACCCUCUGGGCUGGAUGUUCUCCCGGCUGGACACGAACUUUGACCAACAGCUGGACCAGACGGAGAUCAAGAGCCUCUAUCUGGGCAGGAACGAACCCUGCUUUGACGCUUUCUUCAAAUCCUGCGACACUCAUCCUGACAGAGUUAUAAGCAGCUCUGAGUGGUGCACGGGCUUCCAGAGGUACACAGAUUCCCCGUGUAAAGGGGAGCUGUCCAGUAUCAACAAAAAGCAAGCUGGGAAGAAGUUACUCGGUCAGUAUCUGCCGUCCUGUGAUGAGGAGGGAUACUACAGGUCCCACCAGUGUCACAGCAGCAGCGGCCAGUGCUGGUGUGUGGAUCGCUAUGGCAACGAGGUGGCAGGCUCACGCACCCACGGCCCUGCAGACUGCGGUGUGAUCUUGGAGUCCUCUGGGGACCUCGGUAGCGGCGACUCAUUGUUCACCGACGACGACGAAGAUUCAUUUGUCCUCAACGACCAGGCGGGUUUGGACGACGAGGACGACGAAGACGAGGACGAUGAUGAUGACAACGAUGAGUAUCUGCCGUGAUUUUUUUUUUUUUUUUUUUUAAGAUUGAGAAGAAAAAAAAAUGGAAAAAGAGGAGAAAAAAAAUUGAAAACAUUGUUUGUUUGGUCAAAUUGCACGUUUCUAGGUGACUCCCCAGGCAGAUACUUCAUCCUUCUAACAGCCUAUGGACUACUCUCUGUGUACUGUUUCUUCUUUAAAUAAGAAAAAAAGUUGUAUAUUCCAGGGAAGAGCUUAUGAUUUCUAUUCUUGUUUAUGUAGAAAAUAUGAUUGGUUAGUGGCACUUGUUCACUUGUGUGUCAGCCUAACCGGAGAAUAUAAAAAGAUCUAAUCGGCAACCUGUCCGUCACUUUGGAUUUGGUCACGUUUGCUAAAAACCUUCCCCGUCAUCGGACAGCCUGUGUCUUUCAGUGUCUCCUGUCAUUGUGCUGCACUCUGUGACCUGAGUGUGUUUAUGCCCAAGGCGUAAUCUGUAAAGAGAUUUACCUGUUAAUUCUUACGUUUUGUUCCUCUCCUCCCCGUGCCCGUUUUAUCCUCAUAAAAAUGUUCCUAUGUAUAGGUGAGAUGUUGAUGAUGUAGAUAAGAGAAUAUUGCACUCUAGGUUUCUUUUGAUCUUGAUUUCUUACUGUGACUGUAACUAUGUUGAAAAACAAGAUAAGAGUUAGACACGCUCCAUCAGAAGAAUUAAGGUUGAAAAUUAUAUCAUUGUGAGUUGGAUAACAAUCAGAACCGACAUGCUAAAUAUUUUCGAGGAUACACAAAUCAUCACAAAAGGCUCGGUAAGGAAAGAUGUGUUAUUAUUAUUUGGCCGCUGGUGUUUCGCUGGGGUGGAGCACUAUUGUUAUCUAUUUUUGUAAUCCAUCAUAGGUUGAAUAAAGAAGAUGAAACUGUUUUUUUUCUCGCAGCGUGUCCAAUGCUGCGUGACGUAGUUUCAGUUCGUAGAACCGGAGGCCAAACCUUUUGAGGAACUCAAAACAAAACAAGAAGUUGAGGUUGUUUAAAAAGAAAAAAAAGAAAAAAAAAGAAAAAAAAAAUCCCUUCAAGUGUGUAUAGGUGAAGCUACGCUCAAACAGGUCAUUGAUCUCACUGAAAAACCUCAUCAGAGUUAAGAAGAAAACGUGGUGUUUGAUGUUCUUACAGUUUUAGAUAUGAUGUGAUUUUUAGCAUACAGCGUGACAGAACAAAAUAUCUUGCACAAAAUGUCAAGUCAUGCAGACCUGUUUAAAAAAAUAAAAAAUAGGGAGGAGGUUCAAGGGUGAGGUGUGCCUUUUACUGGUAAGGACAGGUGGUGGUGACGGAGGGAGACGCAUGCUCACUAGGCUGACUUAAACUUGUCUUUAUACUGCAUAAGAGAGCCUUUAUUAUCAAGCCUGCGUACAACUUGGACUUAAGUAUGUUAUGUGUUUGGGGUCGCUCUUACGAUGGUGUUACAUAGGCCAUACAUCAGAUCUUUAAUUAGUUUCAUAGGAUUUGCUAGAAUGUAGAGAAGCACAGAGAUGCUUAGCAGUUAAGGCAUAUAAACACUUAGACUCUGCUGGAUAUGAAAAUGUUUUAUAUAUAUAUAUUAUACACUGGCAUAGAGGAAGCUUUGGUUUAGACAGCUUUAUAUGAAAAGAGGAUGAUCAUCUUACAGUCUUUGCUUUUUUUUCUUUCUGUUUUUGUUUUAAAUGCUUGGUCUCUGCACUAACUGUUUAUAGUGUAAAUCUGUCAGGGUCAAAAAUUCAAUCUGAACCCAGAUGUGUGUGUUGAUACGUCAUGUUCACGCUGGUGCGGGGGUCAGCUGCGGUCCUUUGAUCAUUUUCAGAAAUGAAUCUGGCUUCAUUAUGAGUCGAAUAUUUGUGAAAAUUUCAGUUUAUAACCUGAGAAGUGCCAUCUAAUGUCCAAUUGUUUUUUUUUUUCCUUUUUUUUCGUUCUGUUUGAAUUAAAAUUCACUUCAAACUUCAAAUUUGGAAAACAUUUCAUUUUGAAGUGUUUCAUUCAUGAGUGAUUAUUUAAUGACCUCGAACACUGUAGCCACACUCAACCUUUCACACGCGAUCACCACAGCUCUGAUAAUGUUAGGUUAUGAUACGGAUGCAUUUCUUCUUUUUUUUUUUACAGUGUACGUAUGAUUUGCUUAAAUAAAGGCUAUAUUGACCAAUA